AUGGCGUCUCACAUGGUUCACGACGAGAACCAGACGACUUACGGGAAUGGUAAGCCGAGCGUACUGCCUCCAACUAUUGUGCCACCACGACAGGCAUUAGGAGACCGGUCACCGAACAUCAAGUCAGCUCAAGAUGUCGCUCCGAUAGCAGCCUUGCUCAAAAAGAAGCCGAUGGCGAGCAGUCCCCUCAAACGGAGCUUUACUGCAAUGGUGGAGAAUGAAGGGGGGUUCACGUAUCUGAAGAGCAGGCGAUUGUCGGGAGACAAAGUGCUCAGUGAUGUUGCCACCUCGCGUAAUAGUACGCACUCGGUGUUCCAGGCUGGUUCAGCAGAGACUGGGGAGGCUACGCGGUUUCGCCCAGUGGAGGAGGCAGCGUUCCAGAAGGUCGACCUGGAUACAGCUGACGUACCAGUCAUCCAGGAGCUCUCACCCACCGAGCCCAACACACCGUCAGACGAUGGCGAGGUCGGACAGCACUCGUCCGGGGACCGCAAGUCCUUCUCCUCGCUUAUCAACUACGACCCUUCGUCACAGACUAGCCACCUGACAAUGAGACCAACUUCCAAGUCUGAGAUGCUCAAGCUGCGACUACGCGUCGCGAUAUACAAGGUUCGGACUAAUCAGAUCGACAUACCCUUCCACCAACUAAAAGUGGAGAGUUCUCUCAAAGAAGUCAGAGCGAGCAGUAAGGCCGUCGAGGAAGCAGUCGCCGAACUACGACGCGAAGCUCAAGCUCGAAUGCCGUCACAAGGCCUUCCAGUGCCCAAGCUCUUACCAGCGCCAGUAUUACUGCCAACGGCGUGCAGCAGCCGCAUGAUAUAUGGGCCGGCGUUGCCCAGCUCGCCACCAGAUCUCCUACCGACAGACCGCCUACGAUCAGCCGAUGAUGAGCUUUCUGGUUGCGAUCAUCGAUAUUACAGAGACCACCCACGCAGUCCCGAGCGAAGACUGCAUCAAGAUGAGGCGGAGCUUACGAGCAGUGUGGUCAAGGGUAGAGUCGCGGAGGGACUGAUCGGCUUGCGCAACGCGUUGUGA